CUGAAGCCAUUUUUGACAAUUCUGAAUCCUCUCAGCCUCUGUGCCAUAGUGCUUCCCCUCCUCCCCUGGGAACCAAAGACCUAACAGCUACACUCGCACGUACUCAGUUCCUGAACAAUUACCCAUAUACGUAUGCUUUGGUUCGGUCCCCUGGGAAACGGGGUCAAAAUGACCUCUUACCUCAUCUGAUCUGGCAACAGCUCUCCAGUCAAUUAUUGGUAAUAGCCCUUUCAAAUAAGCCAAUCAGAAUGGUCAAAGAACAACCCCCCCUUGCUUCUGUGGCCCCUUUAAAAGUAGACUGUACCCGCUAUUCGAGGUCCCUCGGCUUCCCGAAUGCUGAGGGACCCUGUCAUGACAGAAUUAAUAAAAUCCUCAUGCUUUUGCAUCGGCUGUAGUGUAUGAGAUGGUCUCUGGGGGCGACUCCUCCUCGGUGUUUGGACGCUAGAGUCCAACACAUCUAGCUCCUGUAGCGUCCCCAACCCUAAGUCCCGCCCUCCACGGGCAAAGGCUGACCCCUAUUUUUAUUUCUGGCAGCGAUGACCAUGUGGUGUUGCCAAUAACAAUUUUGCAUUUCCUUCAGCGCCUAGAUAAAGCGCGUAAGCUACUGCCGGCUAGACCAAUAGGACCACUGAUAGCUGUAAGCGACAGCCAAAAUAACCAACCAGCAUGAAGUGCUGUAAGGCGGGACUUUGAGUACGGAAGCUGUCGUAGGACGUGCGGAAAGGAAAGAGCGAAGGGCCAUGCGAAGGGGCAAAGUAGGCAGGAUGGUACCAGGCUAUGGCCCCCAGUAUCCUGUAGACCUGGCGGCCCCUCAGUGCUUACGUCCCCUAUUUGGGGUUCUGAGUGGCUACAGGAGAGCCUUACAAAAGAGCAGCGAGGGCAAGACCAUGGCAUCUAGGGCCUCUGAACUUCCUCCUGGACGCAGCGUGACGGCGGGCAUCAUCAUUGUUGGAGAUGAGAUCCUUAAGGUGUGUCUAGAACUGAAGAGGGGAAGGCACGAUAUUCUCUUGCUGUGGGCUUUCCUUCCGGGGGAAAGAUGGGUAGCAACUUCCCUACAACUUAUGGUGGUGGGAGGAGCAGAAGUAGAGGAAGCACGGGUUUGCCGAGUCUCUGUUGUACCUGAUGAGGUAGCCACCAUUGCAGCCGAGGUCACCUCAUUCUCCAGCCGCUUCACUCACGUCCUCACCGCGGGGGGCAUCGGCCCCACUCAUGACGAUGUAACAUUUGAGGCGGUGGCACAGGCCUUUGGGGAGGAGCUCAGACCACACCCUGAACUUCAAGCAGCCAUCAAAAUCCUAGGAGGGGAGGGUUGGGAGAAGCUGUCGAUGGUGCCCUCCUCUGCCCGCCUGCAUUAUGGCACAGAUCCUCGCACUGGCCAGCCCUUCAGGUUCCUGCUGGUCUCUGUCCGAAAUGUCUACCUCUUCCCAGGAAUUCCGGAGCUGCUGCGGCGAGCGUUGGAGGGACUGAAAGGACUGUUCCAAAACACAGCUGUGCAGUUCCACGUGAAGGAGUUGUAUGUGGCUGCUUCCGAGGGCUCCAUCGCCCCCAUCCUCACUGAGGCCCAGGCCCACUUUGGGCUUAAGCUUAGCCUGGGCUCCUACCCUGAUUGGGGCAGCAACUACUAUCAGGUGAAGCUGAUUCUAGACUCUGAAGAGAAAGAACCCUUGGAGGAAUGUCUGGCCUAUCUCACUGCACAUCUGCCUCAGGGAUCAUUGGUCCCCUACCUGCCCAAUGCUGUUGAGCAGGCUGGCGAGGCCGUAUACAAACUCGCUCAGUCAGGAUCGUGUCUGGGGAGAAAAGUAGCUAGCGCCCUACAGACCAUUGAGACUGCCCUCGAUCAGUACGACCUCUCCAAGCUCUGUGUGGGCUUCAACGGAGGCAAGGACUGCACCGCCCUCCUCCACCUCUUCCAUGCAGCUGUGCAGAAGAGAUUUCCUGAUGUUCCAAAGCCCCUCCAGAUCCUGUACAUCCGUAGCAUCUCGACUUUCCCUGAGUUGGAACAGUUUCUACAAGACACCAUCAAGAGGUAUAACCUUCAGGUGUUCGAAGCUGAGGGUAACAUGAAGCAGGCCCUGGCUGAGCUUCAGGAAAAACACCCCCAACUGGAGGCUGUCCUGAUGGGAACCCGACGGACUGACCCCUACUCCUGUAGCCUCAGCCAUUUCAGUCCCACCGACCCUGGCUGGCCUUCAUUCAUGCGCAUCAACCCGCUGCUGGACUGGACCUACAGAGACAUCUGGGAUUUUCUGCGCCAGCUGUUUGUCCCAUACUGUGUCCUGUAUGACCGAGGGUACACAUCACUGGGGAGUCGGGAGAACACAGUGCAGAACCCAGCCCUGAAGUGCCUGAGCCCAGGAGGGCAUCCCAUCUACCGCCCAGCGUACCUACUAGAGAACGAAGAUGAGGAAAGGAAUUCCCGCAUGUGAUCUUACACAAACUGGGACAAGACGCAGGGAAGGGGCUGGCCCGGGGUAUAACCUGUCAUGGCAAUAAAUCGUACCUCCCUGAC